AUGGCGGCCCUGGAAGCCAACAGGGGGUGGCUGCAAGCCAAGGUCUCCAUCAACAACGCGCUCGCCACGGACGCCACCACGCAAACACCACCACGGCACGGCGACUUCUUCCGCGUCGGCGAGUGUGAGGGCCAGAAGACCAUCGACGGCGAGCGAAUGCCGCUGGUCCUGAACCCGGCGACGACGCACAAAGACCACGAGGCUCUCGUGGCCGCGCUGAGGGCCAGCAGGGAGUGGCUGGAGGGCAAGGUCAUCGCCAGCAGCGCCGUCCUGCUGCGUGGCUUUGACGUCCGCGACGCCAUGGAGUUCGACGCCGUCGUGGAGGCCAUGGGGUGGCCGGACAUUCGGUACGUCGGCCCAGCGGAUCCGCCGAAGGUGCAUCCAGAUCGAGCAAAGGCGGCGGCGGAUCGAGCAACCCCGGUAGCGGCGGAUCGAGCAACCCGCCGACGGCGCAUCUAG